AGUUCGUUUCCCUCCGGUCUCCGCAUUUUCCCUUCCAGCCCUCCACUUCUCUGGAUCAAUGGAUAGUACAGCUCCAACUCCCAGCUCGCACACCGCUGGCGGACACCCCAGUAACAAGUGAGAGCGCUCCACCCCGCAGACCCCUGCCUCUCCUUCCUCGGUCCCUUUGGCUCUUGGAGGAAAAACGAACAGCAUCCCCAGCUCUCAUGCGGAUUUUGCUUUUUCAACUUUACCCAGCCGCGGACGGGGAACCAGCCUCAACCUUUUAAUGCACAGCCCCACCACAGGAUUGCUUUCUGUCUCCUCUUGGUCCCUUCUGGAUAUCCUCUUUAUUGAUGACUCCGGAGCCCCGCGGAGAGCUGUCUUCCCUCUUCUCACUCCCUCUGUCUCCUUGAGUUAGUUUUCUAAGGUUUUCCCGGGAGCUCGGCAUCUCUUGGACCGAAUGGAACUUUUUGCUGCCUCCUUUGGCUGCUGAUUCUGUCCGUGGACGAGGAAAGAGGCACAAGAAGUGCAGGGGAGGUGGAGAAAGAGGUGGAGGAAGAGGACGAGGAGGAGGAGGAGGAAGCCAAAGGGGCUCGGCGCGUGUGUGUGCAUGUGUGCAUGUGUGUGUGAGUGCAUGUGUGUGAGUGCCGCCGCUGCCCAGGACCUCUGGCCCCGAAGGUGUUGGCUGAAAUAUGGAGAAUAGUCUUGGAUGUGUUUGGGUACCCAAGCUGGCUUUUGUACUCUUCGGAGCUACCCUGCUUAGCGCACAUCUUCAAGUCACCGGUUUCCAGAUUAAGCCUUUCACAUCACUACGCUUCCUGUCCGAGCCUUCCGAUGCUGUCACCAUGCGGGGAGGAAAUGUCCUCCUGAACUGCUCUGCGGAGUCUGACCGGGGAGUCCCGAUGAUCAAGUGGAAGAAAGAUGGCGUCCACCUGGCCUUGGGAAUGGAUGAAAGGAAGCAGCAACUUCCAAAUGGCUCUCUGUUGAUACAAAACAUACUUCACUCCAGGCACCACAAGCCCGAUGAGGGACUUUACCAAUGUGAGGCAUCUUUAGGAGAUUCUGGGUCGAUCAUUAGUCGGACAGCGAAAGUUGCUGUAGCAGGACCACUGAGGUUCCUAUCCCAGACAGAAUCUGUCACAGCUUUCAUGGGAGACACAGUGCUACUCAAGUGUGAAGUCAUCGGGGAACCUAUGCCAACAAUACACUGGCAAAAAAACCAACAAGACCUGAUUCCUAUCCCAGGAGACUCCCGAGUGGUAGUCUUGCCCUCUGGAGCCUUGCAGAUCAGCCGACUUCAACCGGGGGACAUUGGAAUCUAUCGAUGCUUAGCUCGGAAUCCAGCCAGCUCAAGAACAGGAAAUGAAGCCGAAGUCAGAAUUCUGUCAGACCCAGGACUGCAUAGGCAACUAUAUUUUCUGCAAAGACCAUCCAAUGUGAUAGCCAUUGAAGGAAAAGAUGCCAUCCUGGAGUGUUGUGUUUCUGGCUAUCCUCCCCCAAGUUUUACCUGGUUACGAGGAGAGGAAGUCAUCCAACUCAGGUCCAAAAAGUAUUCCCUAUUGGGUGGAAGCAACCUGCUUAUCUCCAAUGUGACAGAUGAUGAUAGUGGAACUUACACCUGUGUUGUUACAUAUAAAAAUGAGAAUAUUAGUGCCUCUGCAGAGCUCACAGUCUUGGUUCCACCAUGGUUUUUAAAUCACCCUUCCAACUUGUAUGCCUAUGAAAGCAUGGAUAUUGAGUUUGAAUGUUCAGUCUCUGGAAAGCCUGUGCCCACUGUGAAUUGGAUGAAGAAUGGAGAUGUGGUCCUUCCUAGUGAUUAUUUUCAGAUAGUGGGAGGAAGCAACUUACGAAUCCUUGGAGUGGUGAAGUCAGACGAAGGCUUUUAUCAAUGUGUAGCUGAAAAUGAGGCAGGAAAUGUCCAGACCAGUGCACAGCUCAUUGUCCCUAAGCCUGCUAUCCCAAGCUCCAGUGUCCUUCCUUCUGCUCCCAGAGAUGUGGUCCCCAUGUUGGUUUCCAGUCGGUUUGUCCGUCUCAGCUGGCGUCCACCUGCAGAAGCAAAAGGGAACAUUCAAACCUUCACGGUCUUUUUCUCCAGAGAAGGUGACAACAGGGAACGAGCAUUGAAUACAUCCCAACCUGGGUCCCUUCAGCUUACCGUGGGAAACCUGAAGCCAGAAGCCAUGUACACCUUCCGAGUUGUGGCCUACAAUGAGUGGGGACCAGGAGAGAGUUCUCAACCCAUCAAAGUGGCUACACAGCCUGAGUUGCAAGUUCCAGGACCAGUAGAAAACCUGCAAGCUGUAUCUACCUCACCUACCUCAAUUCUUAUUACCUGGGAACCCCCUGCCUAUGCAAACGGUCCAGUCCAAGGUUACAGAUUGUUCUGCACUGAGGUGUCCACGGGAAAGGAACAGAAUAUAGAGGUUGAUGGACUAUCUUAUAAGCUGGAAGGCCUGAAAAAAUUCACGGAAUAUACCCUUCGAUUCCUAGCUUAUAAUCGCUAUGGGCCAGGAGUAUCUACUGAUGAUAUAACAGUGGUUACACUUUCUGAUGUGCCAAGUGCCCCGCCUCAGAACGUCUCCCUGGAAGUAGUUAAUUCAAGGAGUAUCAAAGUAAGCUGGCUGCCUCCUCCAUCAGGCACACAAAAUGGAUUUAUUACUGGCUAUAAAAUUCGACACAGAAAGACGACCCGCAGGGGUGAGAUGGAAACAUUGGAGCCCAACAACCUCUGGUACCUUUUCACAGGUCUGGAGAAAGGAAGUCAGUACAGCUUCCAAGUGUCAGCCAUGACAGUUAAUGGCACUGGACCACCUUCCAACUGGUACACAGCAGAGACUCCUGAGAAUGAUCUAGAUGAGUCUCAAGUCCCUGACCAACCAAGCUCUCUUCAUGUGAGGCCCCAGACCAACUGCAUCAUCAUGAGUUGGACUCCUCCCUUGAACCCAAACAUCGUGGUGCGAGGUUACAUCAUUGGCUAUGGUGUUGGGAGCCCUUAUGCUGAGACAGUGCGUGUGGAUAGUAAACAACGAUAUUAUUCCAUCGAGAGAUUAGAGUCAAGCUCCCAUUACGUAAUCUCCCUAAAAGCUUUUAACAAUGCAGGAGAAGGAGUUCCACUUUAUGAAAGUGCUACCACCAGAUCUAUAACAGAUCCCACUGACCCAGUUGAUUAUUAUCCUUUGCUUGAUGAUUUCCCUACCUCGGUCCCAGAUGUCUCCACCCCCAUGCUCCCACCAGUAGGUGUACAGGCUGUGGCUCUUACCUACGAUGCCGUGAGGGUCAGCUGGGCAGACAACUCUGUCCCUAAGAACCAAAAAACAUCUGAAGUGCGACUUUACACUGUCCGGUGGAGGACCAGCUUUUCUGCGAAUGCGAAAUACAAGUCAGAAGACACAACAUCUCUGAGUUACACAGCAACGGGCCUCAAACCCAACACGAUGUAUGAGUUCUCGGUCAUGGUAACAAAAAACAGAAGGUCAAGCACAUGGAGCAUGACUGCGCAUGCCACUACGUAUGAAGCAGCCCCGACCUCUGCUCCCAAGGAUUUGACAGUCAUUACUCGAGAAGGGAAGCCUCGCACUGUCAUCGUGAGUUGGCAGCCUCCCUUGGAAGCCAAUGGGAAAAUUACUGCUUACAUCUUGUUUUACACCUUGGACAAGAACAUACCAAUUGACGACUGGGUGAUGGAAACAAUCAGUGGUGAUCGGCUUACUCACCAAAUCAUGGAUCUCAACCUUGACACAAUGUACUACUUUCGGAUUCAAGCACGAAAUGCAAAAGGAGUGGGGCCUCUCUCUGAUCCUAUCCUCUUCCGGACUCUGAAAGUAGAACACCCUGACAAAAUGGCUAAUGACCAAGGUCGUCAUGGAGAUGGAGGUUAUUGGCCAGUUGAUACUAAUUUGAUUGAUAGAAGCACUCUCAAUGAGCCACCCAUUGGCCAGAUGCACCCCCCACAUGGCAGUGUCACUCCUCAGAAGAACAGCAACCUGCUUGUGAUCAUUGUGAUCACCGUUGGCGUCAUCACAGUGCUGGUGGUAGUGAUCGUGGCUGUGAUUUGCACCCGGCGCUCUUCAGCCCAGCAGAGAAAGAAGCGGGCCACCCACAGUGUUGGAAAGAGGAAAGGCAGCCAGAAGGACCUCAGGCCCCCUGAUCUUUGGAUACAUCAUGAAGAAAUGGAGAUGAAAAAUAUCGAGAAGCCAUCGGGUACUGAUCCUGCAGGAAGGGACUCCCCCAUCCAAAGCUGUCAAGACCUCACACCAGUCAGCCACAGCCAGUCAGAAACCCAGCUGGGCAGCAAAAGCACCUCUCAUUCAGGUCAAGACACUGAAGAAGCAGGGAGCUCCAUGUCCACUCUGGAAAGGUCGCUGGCUGCACGACGAGCCACUCGGGCCAAGCUUAUGAUUCCUAUGGAUGCCCAGUCCAACAAUCCUGCUGUCGUGAGUGCCAUCCCUGUGCCUACCCUGGAAAGUGCCCAGUACCCAGGAAUCCUCCCAUCUCCCACGUGUGGAUACCCGCACCCGCAGUUUACCCUCCGGCCCGUGCCAUUCCCCACACUGUCUGUGGACCGAGGUUUCGGAACAGGAAAAACGGUGAGUGAAGGACCAGCCAGCCAACAGCCACCCAUGUUGCCCCCAGCACAGCCUGAGCAUCCCAGCACCGAGGAGGCACCAAGCAGAACCAUCCCCACAGCCUGUGUUCGACCAACCCACCCACUCCGCAGCUUUGCUAAUCCUUUGCUACCUCCACCAAUGAGUGCAAUAGAACCGAAAGUCCCUUACACGCCACUCUUGUCUCAGCCAGGGCCUACUCUUCCCAAGACUCAUGUUAAGACAGCCUCUCUUGGGUUGGCUGGAAAGGCAAGAUCUCCUUUGCUUCCUGUAUCUGUGCCCACAGCCCCUGAAGUAUCUGAGGAGAGCCACAAAGCAACAGAGGACCCAGCCAAUGUAUAUGAACAGGAUGAUUUGAGUGAACAAAUGGCAAGCUUGGAAGGGCUAAUGAAGCAACUUAAUGCCAUCACAGGCUCGGCCUUUUAACACAUCUUACCCUGUUGAUGAGGUGUAUUUUCCGGGAACUUUGCAGCAUACCAAUUACCCAUAAACAGCACACCUGUGUCCAAGAACUCUUAACCAGUGUACAGGUCAACCAUCAGGACCACUCAGUUAUGGAAGAUCCUGAAGCAGUUCAGAAGGACUAAGCAUCCCUUCCUUCAUAGGCAUCAGGAAUUUCACAAUGAUUACCAUGGGGUCCCUACACAAAAACAAAGAUACAUCCUCACUGCAAUGUCAAAGCUGAAGCUGCUAGCCUAGGCCUGGGUCUUUGCCACUGCAGUGACCACGCUGUCAUAACUAAGGUUUGGGUUUUCCUUCACGGAGGCCUGUCAUUUCCUUUCUGUGUAGGUCUAGUCUUACAAAAUGCAAGUGCAUUACUGAAGCCUGUACCAUACCAUCACAAAUCAGUGCAAGCUCAUUAUUUUGUUUUCAACUUCAAAGUACAAAGCACCCACGGAAAUUCUCUCGCUAUAUAGCACCAAAGGAUUGGAUGUUUUCUUGACAGCACAAAAAGUAAAUAAGUAAACAAAAGGCAGUGAAUGCUUAUGUUUUGUAACUCAGACAUUCGUCUUGCACAAGUGGUGGAUAUUAGCCAGUGGCUGUAAAAUUCACCCAUUUUAGCAAGUAUUUGUAAAUCCACCCUUGGUUAAUAUUUAUGUCUGGAGAAUAGGAACAUAAAAAUCUGCAACUAGGGGCAUCCUGCCAGCAGCAGUCUGUUUCCUGAAAGAGGAUACAAUAUGCAAUCUUCUCAGACACACGGUAAUUACAUGCUUAAGCUUGUAAUAGACACUUUUCAAUUUGGGUGGCUUUGUGCCAUAUCACACUGUGAUGAUAUUUCAAAGCUUCACCGUGGCCAUCUUCCUCAGAAGUCUGGCCGGAAGAGCUCCCCUCCCCCACUUCAUCCUGUCCCUCCCUGAGUUCUCCUUGGCAGCCAACCUUGGGCAAGGUGGCCAGCUUCACAUACUGCUUGGCCUCCUGACCAUCGUCCCUGUCACCCUCUGUGGAAUCGGCAGACUCCCUGAGAACAGGCCCUGAGGAAGGGAAGGAAAAUAGAAGGCAGUUUCAAACAAUACCUACUCUUGUGUGAUAUCACUUCCGCCAACAGGCUCCUCACUGACUCAGAGGAGGCAGCAUUGGUCAUUGGCGGCCACCAGGCCCUGUUGUCAGGGGAACCUUCUACACUAUGCCUGCCCAGAGUCAGAGAGGAGCAGAGGGGAAGGUGCCGCUUGACCCUUCUGAGUCAUUAUAAAUCCAGUGGCUGCUUUUCAGAGCUGCAUCUUCAUUGUGAACUAGAAUUUUAAACUUCUAACUCCAUGUUUAUCUACGGCUUGGAACUAGGUGAAAUUAAGAACAUUUUGUGUGCACCCUUUUAGUUUCUGAAUUUCCAGCUGCAUUUGGAGUUAAUCCCUGUUUAUGCAGCUGAAUUGCCAAAAGGGAGCUAGUUUGCAUAUUUAUCCGUUAGGCGACUUGAAAACCCAAUAAGAGAGUUUCAGCUGAAUUAUUCCUUUCAGCUCUGUCUUUGAUUUCAAGCUUGAGUAGGUCAUAAUUUUAAAAGAGCAUGGAAGGGAUAGGAUCUUUACAACCUAAUAGCUCCUUUUAUUAGGUGGGUAAUUAUAUAUGAAUCCCUGAAUAAAAUAUUUUGAGCAAAAUGGCACUGUAACAGAAGUAAUAAUUCAGAUUAUUUUUUUACAGUUUUAUGUCGGGAAGGAAAUCUGAUGUCAAAGAGAGGGCUUGUUCAAAUGGUUCAUUAGAAAGUCCGGUCCAUUUGUGAAAUUGUUCCUUCAACAAGAGUGCUUAUUCAAUUUGCUAAGAUUUUCUUGAAGUUCUUCUGAAGAGCUAUGUGACGUUAUUCUAUGGGGCAGAUGACUCUUCUUCAAAAUCUGGGCACUUGGGUAGACAACCCUCCACUGACCAGGAACAAGGCAUUUCCUAAUAUAAUACUGAAUCUUGCCAAAAUAAUUCAUGACUUCAGAAAAUGUUCACUAGGCUAGCUUUAUCCUCUCGAGGUCCUAGAAUGCCCCCCCAUUUCUAAUACUAAUAAGGAAUAUUCUCUGAUGGUAUUUGUUAUCCAAGGAAUGUUAGCCUGAGUGCUCUGUUUGGAAUGGGCUACAAAUCUCAAAUUUCAGAUUGAGUCACAUCUUCAAUCUAUAGACUGUAUCUGGACAAUCAAGAGAACUAUCAUUCCUCACAAAAUCCUCUCUCACUCUAGUCAAAGUCACAGACCUUAACAAAUAAAAGUUUUUAAAACUACAUGAAAAUAUGCAUUACUUGUUUUCAGCAAGAAGUACAUUUCUGGUGCAUGCUCUUGGAGCAUUCUUCAUUAAAGAAAUACAAUGGUUUAUUUUAGUAAUUGGUAAUGCUAAUAACUCUUUGCUUCAUGCCUCAAAGAUAUAGUAGAAUCCAUUUAAAUUCUCUCAAGAGACUCUUGUUUGCUUUACCCAAUGAUUUUAAUAUGCAAUGACUUUGCCACAACUUUUGUAAAGCUCUGCUCCCUACUCAGAGUUCACAUAUGUAUAUUGCCUGCUCAAGUUUUCAGGUAACUUUUUAAUUUCCCAGACUUCUGAUCUGUUGACAAGAAGCAAUCUGUGAAGACUGCAAGAUAGCCUCUAUUUUGUUCCUACUCCGAGCCUAGUUCAUAACAUGCAGGGCUCUUUAAGCUCAUAAAUCUCUCUGACUCCCAUAGGGCAAUACUUGACAGCCAACCAGCAGUUCUGCCACCAGGAUCAUUUCUCCCUGAAAAAGAAGAAAAUAAAACUUGGCAGGGUAUGCUCAGGCCUCCCCAGCACUGGGCUGAACUGUCAGGCAGGAGCCGCCUCUUGAAAAAGUUUGUAUUUUUCUUUUUUAUUUCAUACCGAUGAGAAAGCUAUUUUUCUUUCCUCUAGAAAUUUCUGCAUUUGUUAAACUCACAAAAAUGCAGACAGCUCAAAAUGCAUAAGGCAUAUUUGGAGGACGCUCUAGCCAAAAGUUAAAUAUUUCUUACUGAUUCAGAUUCAGUUUGAAAAAAAAGAGAAUCCUGCAUAAAAAUUCAUACAUACAAAGAGUUACCUCUUUGUAAAAUAGUGCUAUAAGCUUCCAGAAUAUGUAAACAAUGGAACUUCACGUUUGGGUAUUAUAAAAUGCACAUUCAGUUGAACAAUCUGGAAUAAAAAAAAUUAGCAGAAACAGGUCAAGCCAGGGAUAUAAGAGGUAAAUUUAUUGAAGUUUCCCAUGAGGGAUUGGCUAUAACAUUGUUCUCUUCAAAAUAAGGGGAGCUUGAAAUGACACAUAUGUUUGGUCCUCUGCCUCAGUAGGAGCUAUGAAGGGAGAGUGGCCCAGCAUUCAUGUGUCAUACCCAUCAAUAUCUGGAAACUAAAGUUUGGCACUCACAGUCUUUCCAAUAAAGAAUCUCUAAGUAUAGACCUUUCUGGAAAACUUCCAUAGUCUGUGUUUGGAGAUGGUUGCUCAUUCUUACCCACCCUUUUGAUACAUCUAUCUGUUGACUUUAUUUAGAGGAACAUCUAAAGUCUUCUCCAAUUUAAGAGAGGGUUUCAUAUGGCAGCUGGACUAUAACUCCAACAACAACAAAAAUGUCAUCUCUAAAGAAAUCACCUUACCAUUUCAUAUGAAAUUGUAUCCCAGACUCCGACUUCUUGUGGCUUUACGAUUUCCAUCUCUAGUCCAUAAAAGAGAGAGAAAUAGAAAAAAUUCCCUAGUUUUAUGUGUGUUUAGAAAAAACAAAAUCAUCUAAAUUUUCUAAUAGAUGUGAAGCAAGGUUGCUUUCCCUCCCUCAAUCAACUAGUUGACUUCAUACAAUCGCUGAGUGUCCUGGAGGCCAGAGGCUAGCAUUCCUCGCCUGUUCAUAACCAUAAUACGAUACAGAGCCCAUAACCUAGUAGAGCUUCAGAACCAGGCAUACACACACACAUCUGCCAUCUCUUUCUUUAAAACUACUUUCAAAGCAACGUUUUACUUUUCUAUUUUGUCUAUUUUUCUAGUGACUUUCAGAAAUCACUUAAAUAUUGCACAGAAGAGCUUUUCACAGGAUUCCAUGGCUUUGCUUUACACUAGCUACUUAGAAAAUCAUAGAUAUUUUGUGUGAUAUUCCAUCCCAAUGAAAAAUAUGCAUUCCCGUGCCUCAGUGUACUUUGCUAUCCAAAUACCUGCUUUCAAAAGGUAAUGAUGGAAAGAAAUGACCGAGUAUAUUCCUGGUCAGUGAGGUUGCAGAAGAGACCAAUACCAUGCCCAUAUAAGCAAAUAAAUAUUACUUCUGGGCUCUGCAUGGCCGCCCUUGGGUAACGUUCAUUUGGCGACUUCUGGCUGCACUCUCUGAAGGAUUUCUUCUCCUGCUCUCAGUAGAGAGCCUUUGUACAUGUCAUCCUAUAAUUUUUUGUUGGCUGGAGAGCAACAGCUAAACUCUGCAAGAUGUCACAGAUGCAUGGGCCAAGGGAUCUCACUGUGUGCUGAACGUGUUAUCUUCAGAAGCAAGAAAGGAAUGUUGGAGAGGAGAAAGGCUGUUUUUUAUUAUUGUAGGGUAAACCUGACAAUUCUGACCUUGGCGAAUUGUCAGCUUGUUUGGGGGAUGGGUGGGUGGGUCUGGGGUGUACUUUUUAUAAGUAAUAUUUAAUUUAUUAUUUAGAGUGGCUUCUUUUUGGAUAAUUUAUGAUAAAAAGGGAGAUCUGGUCGGAAAUCUAGAUAUGGCUAUUAAAGCUGCAGUGUUCCAUAUCUCAGAGGGACCACUUUGGAAAUGAAUUUGUCCAUUGCUGAGUAUGAGGAUGCGUCCAGGCAAAGCCUCCACUGAAGCAACAUCAUUACCACCUUCUCCCUUUCCAGGGUCAUUCAAACAAGAUAACACCAAAUCUAAAAUAUUCUGCUAGCAUUUUGCAGAUCAAUGCUACUCAUUCUCUCAAAGGGCUUUGCAAUUCAAAUUGUUAUUGUGCUAGUGGUAGGUUUAUUUGGUAGAAAUGGGUAUACUACAGCUUUAACUAGCCUUAGUGGAAAAAGAAAUUUUUUGUUGCUACAAAACACCUUAAAAAAAAAAAGGUAUUUUGAGCCUACAAAGAGUUUCUUUAAAAUUGUCAAGACUCUAGCAUUGUUAACCAAAUUAGACUAGUGAUUGCAAUAUUUAAGUGUAAAUCUUGUUCUAUGAGAAAGGAUACUUGCUUACAGUUUCAAACAAUGACUGUUUCUACACACGAUCUUGUAUACUACCACACGAGGAAAAAAGGGUUUUUUGUAAUCACAGUAGAACAGUCUCAUAUUCAUUUUUUAUAGAAAUGUUAUUCCAAUGGUGCAUUUUUUUGUUUAAUAAAUAAAGUUUUGAUACAAAA